UUGCGGAUAGACCUCGGUCAUGGACGCAGUACAACCGGGAAAAUGCAGCUCAGCUCCGCUUGGCUGCCACUCGGCAUUUGCCUGUUAUUGCACCCAAAUGUGAACUUCGACCUGGCGCAAGGAGCCCAAAUACUGGGAAUAUUUCCAUACUACUAUGGCUCCCCAUUUCUGGUGGUGAGGCCGUGGAUCGAGGCACUUGUGCAACGAGGCCACAAUGUAACUCUGAUCACACCUGAUGGAAUGCUUCCCGAUAUGGAGGGCGUUCGACAUAUUCGCGUUCAGAAGCUGAGAGAGCGCAUUCAAGAAUUUAUUGCGACUGAUCAUUUUCUGGACUUCUUGAUCAACAAAUGGAAGGAGGCCAAUUUGGCCGCUACAAUAUAUUUCAAUAUCACCCAAGAUAUUCUGAGCGACGGCGGCGUUCAAAAAAUGUUGAGCGACAAAAGUGAGCGGUUCGACCUAAUCCUAAUGGAUCCUAGCAACCUGGAUGCACUGUACGGCCUGGUGGAGUACUAUAAUGCCACUCUAAUUGGCCUGACAAGUACAAGCAUUAACUGGUUCAUCGAAGAACUGGCGGGAAAUCCAGCGCCCAGUCUCAAUGAACCGAUUUCUCAAAUAGGCUACUCCAGAGAUUACUCGAUCGUGAGUAGAAUUAGGAACUGGAUUCACAUCAACGAGGAAAAGUUGAUGGAGUACCUUAUAAUUUUACCCGCUCAACUGCGGGUCUUUAAGAGGUUCUUCGGUUACUCGACGGAGAAGUUCUAUGAAUUGCGUGGCAGGUAUUCGCUGAUCCUGGUCAACAAUCACUUCAGUCUGGGCAAAGUGCGAUCCAAUGUGCCCAAUCUCAUCGAGGUGGGUGGAAUUCAUCUAAGCCAACGCCCAGAACCGUGCGAUGAGAGCUUGCAGAAGUUUAUGGACGAAGCGGAGCACGGAGUAAUCUACUUCUCGAUGGGCCUGGACAUAAUGGUGAAGUUUCUUCCAGAUACCCUGCAGCAGACACUGAUUAUGUCCUUUGCAAAGCUAAAGCAGCGGGUUGUUUGGAAGAACGAGCUCUUUAAUAUGCCAAACAAAUCGGAUAACAUAUAUGCCAUUGACAAAGCCCCCCAGCGCCAAAUUCUGGCCCAUUCGAAUGUGCGUCUCUUCAUUACCAAUGGAGGACUUCUGAGUGUAAUAGAGGCGGUGGAUAGUGGUGUUCCGAUGCUCGGACUACCGGUGUUCUUUGACCAAUUCGGCAAUUUGCGUUGGGGGCAGCUGGCAGGCAUGGCCGAGGUCCUGGACAUAAACAAUCUGAAUGUAGAUACUCUAACUAAAACAAUUAUUGAACUGAUAGAAAAUCCAACGUACGCGUUGAAUGCCUAUAAAAUAUCAACGACUUUUAAGGACCGCCCCAUGAGUCCUUUGGAUACGGCUGUCUGGUGGACGGAGUAUGCUCUACGUAACCGGAAUAUAUCCCACAUUCGCCUCAAUGUCGAGGAGAUUCCACUAAUGCAUUACUACAGAAUAGACAGCAUCCUCACUUUCUUCCUUCGAUUUUUAUUGAUUGCUGGGUCGGUGAUCUUUUUCGUUUCAGUUUGUUUAAAAAAUUACACGUCGCUCGGUUUGGGGUAUCGAUUGCACUUUACCUUAUCAAUAAAGUAAUACGACACAGUAAUAAAAAUGUACAAUAUUUCUUCAAUUAUCUGCGGAUAUUUAUGACCCUCGUUAAUACUGAUUCACUACCCGUUAAACUUUAAG